CCUAGCUGACACUCACAUUUUCAAGAUGGCUGCUUCUCUCUCAGGUUUAUUAAAACCUUGGACACCAAGAGUGUUUGCGGUGAGAUGGAGCAGAUACAACCCUUACUACCUGGAGCCGGAGGUCAGGAAGGAGGCGUACAGCAAACCAGACACAGAGCUGAGUAAAGAGGAGAAGGAGGAGCGGGAGAUCAAAACGCUCAGACCCAUCAAGGCCGCAACCAACGGAGUCACCAGCUCUGUUUUCAGUGACCCAGACCUCAGUAAAUUCAUCAACAUGAUGAUGACAGACGGAAACAAGGUUUUGGCCAGAGAGAUCUUGACACAGACCCUGGAGAGCAUAAAGAGGAAACAGGUGGAGAAAUACCACAAAGCUCCAGAAGGGAAGAAGGAAGCGAUUGAGUGUAACCCGUACACCAUUUUUCACCAGGCUCUGGACAACAUUAAGCCUGUUGUUGGGCUGACCAGCAUACAGAAAGGUGGACAGCACUACCAGGUUCCCAUCCCUCUUACAGAACACCGACGCCGCUUCCUCGCCAUGAAAUGGAUGCUCACAGAGUGCCGGGAAAACAAGCACCGGAGGAUGCACAUGUAUGAAAAACUGUCCCAGGAACUGCUGGCAGCCUACAUGAAGGAAGGCAACGUUAUCAAGAAGAAACACGAGAUGCACAGGAUGGCUGAAUCCAACAGAGCCUACGCUCACUACCGCUGGUGGUAGAGAGAAACCCAUCAGGACUGAAACGCCACUCAGAUGUUUCUUCAGACCGGACAGAGGUUGUGUUGGCCACAAAGGGUCGUGGAUGGAUUCAGUGACAUGUUUUGUUGUUCAGAGCACUAUUGUAAAUAGUGAACAUCGUGAAGAUCCUUUGGUAGGAAGGAUUACGUUGUAAACAGUGCUGUAGGACAACAUAAUAACGUGGAUUACUUUUUGUAUUGAGAAACUUGCAUUCAGUAAAAUAAACAGUUGUGCUCAGUUUUUUUGUUAAUUAACACGCAAACACAGAAUUAAUGAAAAACGUCCCAAGUUUUAUUAGAACAAAUAAAUUUGCAUUAAAUGUACAACCCAACCAUAAAAAAAAUGGAAUUGAGUAAUGUAAAAAUGUUGCAACAGUGUAAUAAAAUAUAUAAACA